GUGAACUUCAUCAGCUCCACACUGAACAGCUGAGAGGAUCAUUCUGCUGCAGGUUUUGGUUUUCAUCUUUACACCAUGAAGCUGCUGACCGUUUCUCUGCUCAUCUGUGUCCUGAUCGCUCUGGCCCAAGCUGCUGCUCUCCGUCGCCUUCGUCGGGGGAGGACAGCUAUCAUUCAUCCUCGACUUCCUCCUCCUCCUCCUCUACGUAGACAUCGGCAUCGUGCGAUUGAUCAUCACAGAAACCACCAUCAUGAGGCACUAGGUCAUUCUGGAGAGGUUCAACUACAUGAUUGGACAGCACCGCCACCAUUUCCAGGAGGAGAUCAUGGACUGUAUUAUCCAGGAGAAGAUUAUGGACCUCAUGGACAAGAUUAUUUUCCACUCACAACGUGCGAUCCUGGCUGGAAGACGUACAGCGCCCUUUGUCUGCUCUACGUUCCAGACAAAAUGACUUGGAGUGAGGCUGAGGAUUUCUGUCAGAAAAAGGGAGGAAAUCUUGUUGCUGCACUGAAGGAGCAAUUCUCUGAAGAAAUCAAUGAUGUGAUAAAGGACGCUGAUCCUCAAGUCUGGGUUGGAAGCUGUACUACAAUUGUAGGGCAUAUGGGCUCUUCUGCAUCUACCCCAGCCUACAUCAAGAAGACACCAGGAGGAUGGGAAUGCGUGGAGGAUGAAUCGGGCAAAGAAGAGCUCCCGUUCAUCUGCAGCAUACUUCGCAUGUGAUUCCUGAGCUGGUCAGUCAGAUUAAUCUGUUAGAAAGAAAGCACGGACACAGACAGACGUGUCUUUGUGCCAUUAGUCUCUCCUGCUGAUUGAACUGUUCUUUCUUGUGUCAUGCACAUUAAACGCAUUAAAAAGGC